GCAACGAUGGCAGCUGAGUCCGCGCUGAUGGCCAACAUGUUCGGUUGGCUGGCGCGCCACGGCUUGUCUGGCGAGUGCGAGUCGCACGCGCCCGGCGCGCAGCGCCGCAUCCUCGUCGCCGCGGGCUGGCCCAGCAUCGGCGACCGAGCAGGGGCAUUGCAGUCGAUUGCCGCAGUAGCCCAG